AUGUGUAUUCUCUUCUGGACAGUGAAUAGUCAUCCAAAAUACCGCUUCAUUUUCGCCGGCAAUCGGGAUGAGUUCCUUGAUCGACCCACAGCAGCAGCUCAUUUUUGGCCUUCACCUCAUGAACACAUACUUGCCGGCACUGACCUGGAAGCAAGUGCGACUCCUUCACAUGAUGGUACUUGGCUUGGUAUCACACGAGACGGUCGAUUUGCGGCUUUGACCAACUAUCGUGAGCAAAAGUAUCUUGGACGCAGGUCUCGGGGUGCGCUUACACGGGACUUUCUUCGAAGCGGCAACAAUUCGGCUAUUGGAUACAUGAAGGAUCUAAAAGAGCAUGCAAGCGAAUAUGGUGGCUUUAGUCUUAUUUGCAUGAAUCUCAAGGGGGACCAUCAAAACGACAUGGCUUACUUUAGCAACCGCGAAGGUGUCGACAUUACUCCAUUGUCUCAAGGAGAAAUAUAUGGUCUUUCCAACUCAGUUCUCGACAAGCCGUGGGAAAAGGUGGACAAUGGUCGUGCAAUCUUUAAGGGUAUCGUCAAUCAAAGCAAUUUAUCAAAGGAGGAAUUGAUUGAAUCGCUGUUUGAUCUGCUACGCACGACAAAAGACACUUGUGGGUCACCGACGAUGGAGGAUGAUAUAAACCAAGAUCCAGCAGCCGCCCUUGAAAAGGCAAAGAAACGCAUCUUCAUUCCGCUUUUUUUAUUCGGCACAUCCAUCUACGGCACACGCACGAGCACAGUCAUCCUAGUUGAUCAUGAAGGCAACACCACGUUUAUAGAGCGUGAUCAUUACAUAGCUGAUGAGCAAGGACAACGUGAGGACAAUGAUCAGAAAGCAGCAUACAAACCCGUGGUCGAUCAUGGAAGGACCUUCUAUUUCAACAUUGAUAACUAA